CGCAGGCAGCCAGUGCAAUCGCGAGGCCGCCCCGCCGCGCACCAGCCGAAGCCGAGUCGCCAAGACAGUCUCUCUGUGCCGAGAGAGAGAGAAGAGAGAGAGAGCAGAGAGCGGACGGACGUCGGCCCGAGUUAGGAUGGAGGGCGACGGGUGCGGGUGCAGCCCCCGGGGCGCCUCUAAAAUGGUGGUCGUGGUGAACCCGACGACCGGCGGCCAGCUGGAGGUGUCCGUGUGUCCCAGCGAGUCGGUCGACUCGCUCAAGAAGCGGCUCAGCAAGCGGCUCAAAGUGGCCAAGGAGCGCAUCUGCCUCCUCCACAGGGACAGGCAACUGCGCGAGGGCAGUUUGGAGGAGAACCAACUGGUCAAUGGCAGCCGACUGACCCUGCUGCCGAGCGUUGAGACUGGACUUCUGGCGCAGCGGCCAGAGCAGAGUGUGAUGCAGGCUUUGGAGAGCCUCAGUGACUCGCAGGUGCAUGACUUCCUGUCCGGCAAAGCUCCCCUGAACCUGACCAUGCGGCUGGGCGACCACAUGAUGCUGAUCCAGCUGCAGCUGUCCACAGUGACCCCGUCGUCGAGUCGGAGUAGUUCGUCGUCCUCCUCCUCUUCGUCCUCGUCCUCCUCGUCUUCGGCGAAACGCAGCCGCGAGUGUCCGGCGGUGGCCGUGGUGAUGCCCACGCGCAAGGACUGCUGCUGCGAGCCGCGGCCCCAGAAGGGCGGCCACGUCCUGGACACGCGCGCCCUCGCCGAGGCCUCCCGCAACCUCACCAAGACCCUCAAGCAGCUCUCCUCGGAGGUUCUCACCUCCAGAGCCACCACCACCGCCACCUCGACGACCACACCUGCCGCCACGCCCUCAGAAGAGGAAAAGAAGCGGCAGGGCGCCAUCAUCGAAAGCAUGCACCACCACGGCAAGGGCGUCUACUCGGGCACGUUCUCGGGCACGCUGAACCCUGCCCUGCAGGACAAGUUCGGCCGCCCCAAGAGGGACAUCUCCACCAUCAUCCACAUUCUAAACGACCUGCUGUGCGCCACCCCCCAGUACCGCGGCGUCUCCAGAAGGCACGCCGCCUCCGCCCUCGCCCAGACCACCGACGCCUCCGGACAGCCGGGCAAUGCCCCCGAACGACUGGACGAGUCAACGAGCGAGGAGAACCUGGCGACGCGGUGCAAAAUGGAGCAGCUGCGACUGAUCAUGGAGGAGCGACGGGCACGGCGGCGGGCGCGACGCGAGGCGCGGGCGGCGCCGUACUGGUCGCCGUCGCACGAGGUGACGUCGGCGCCGAGCAGCCCCCAGCAGCAGGCGUGCACGGCCUCGAUCGCCGCCUCGGCCGCCGCCGACGACGCCAUGGACACCUCCGAAGAGCUGCACGCGCCCCCCGAGGCGCUGCUCGCCUGAACUGAAUUCAAUAGUGAUCGCUGGCCGCCGGCCGCGCCAAUGUGCAAAUUUCCGCGGCCGGCCCUCGGGUGUGUCGUAGUCCUUCGUCUGUCCACACUCGCCGCCAGGCAGCAGCACCAGGCACCUCCCCUGCAAAGACAGACACUCGAGCUGCUUUCUCAACUAUACCCACCUAGCAUAUGUACAUAUAAAUGAAUGUUUAAAGCUUCUCAAACGUUUGUACACUUUUUUCCCCCCACAAAAAGUGUGUGAAUUCGCCCUCUUCUUCGUUCGGACGUGCCCAGUGCUGCUGCCCCGCUUUACUGUAAUACUAUUAUGACUUCUGUGGCAGAAAGUUCAAACGGUUCCGCAAAAUAAUUUCUGCAAAAUUAGACUUAAUAAAUAGUACCACAAACACACACGGAGCCUUUCGACUGGCUGCCUCGUUGGCUACGAAAAUAAUUAAAAUUAUAUACUGCUUGCAAAAUUCACCGAGUUGACAUUUGUUCUCAUCGCGAGGAUGUACCUACCGUAUCGGAAAUGUAUUAUUAUUAUGGAACUAUUUAGAUUCGAUUGAAAAUCAAUCUCUUUUUAUUUGUUGUUGAAUUUUGCAAGCGCUCCAUUAGCUACGAUGUAAUUAGAUUAAUUGUUUGCAACUUUCAUUGUGAGAGCUGACUGGGUGAACUUUGUUAUCGAUUGGCUGGUUGUUUGGUUGAUUGUGCGUUUUCUCAGAUUAAAUCCACUAGUUCUUAAUUACCGAAU